AUUUUUUUUUUAUUUCCUAUAUAAAACAGAAUCAAAUCGUGCUACGCUUCUGUCUCUAGUUUCAGUUUGGAACUAAAAGACACCAUUUUUAAGCGCAAAGCACUUCACUUUAGGCUAUCUUCAUCCAUACAAUUAAGCUUUCGAAGCCAAAAUUGGGAGCAAUUUCCAACUGUAACUAUGCCUGCUUAACUUAUCAACAAAGGCAGGCAAGCUGUUCGCGGAUAUGCUCCAACCACAUUCCACAGCAUCCAACACCAUAAUUCAUGACUACCAACUUCUUGCGUCCUUUCUCAAAUCAUGUGCUGCCCUCUCAGCCAUUCAUUGGGGCAAGGCCCUUCAUUCCACCCUUCUUAAAAUGGGCCAUCUUUCCUCCCUUUAUCUCUCCAAAUCACUGCUUAACAUGUAUGCCAAGUGCGGAGCUUUUUCUGAUUCCAACAAACUUUUUGGUGAAAUCAGCAACUGCAGCCAUGAUCCUAUCUUUUGGAAUAUUCUCUUAUCCGGUUUUGCUGCCUCUCCCAUUCAUGAUGCUCAAACCUUCAGCUUCUUCAAUAGAAUGCGUGUUGCCAAUCAAGUGAAGCCUACUUCUGUUACUGCUGCCGUCAUUCUUCCUGUCUGUGCUCGUAUGCGAGAUAUAUAUGUAGGUAAAAGUUUCCAUUGCUAUAUGAUUAAAACUGGAAUGGAGACGCAUACCCUUGUUGGAAAUGCUCUGGUGUCUAUGUAUGCUAAAUGCGGCCUAGUUUCCUAUGAUGCAUAUGCUGCUUUUCAGAGCAUCUAUCAUAAAGAUGUUGUUUCCUGGAAUGCCAUCAUAGCAGGGUUUUCUGAGAAUAAGAUGGUGGACAGUGCUCUGAGAUUGUUUUUUUUUAUGCUGAAAACUCAAAUCAAACCAAAUCAUGCUACCAUUGCUACCGUUCUGCCUCUUCUUGCCUCUUUGGCUACGGAUACUGCCUAUUUAUUUGGGAGAGAGAUCCACUGUUAUAUCCUGCGCCACAAUGAGUCGCUAGCAGAUGUCUCUGUCUGCAAUGCUUUGCUGAGCUUCCACUUGAUGGUUGGACGAGUAAAAGAAGCAGAAUUGUUGUUUCGAAGGAUGGAAUUGAGAGAUUUGAUUUCAUGGAAUGCUAUCAUUUCAGGGUUUGCAUCAAAUGGUGAGUGGUCAAAAUCUUUGGAACUAUUUCAGGAAUUACUUUAUUUAGAAUCGAAUGAGCCAGAUUCUGUCACGCUUGUCAGUAUUCUUCCUGCCUGUGCGCAACUUCAAAACUUGAAGGCUGGUAGAGAGAUCCACAGUUAUGUUCUUCGGCAUCCUUACUUAUAUCAGGAUACAUCUGUUGGGAAUGCUCUGGUUAGUUUUUAUGCAAAAUGUAACAACUUAGUAGCAGCAUAUCAUACUUUUCUUAUGAUUCCAAGUAGAGAUUUGAUAUCAUGGAAUUCUAUGCUUGAUGCCUUUGCGAUUGGGGGACGCAAUGCCCAAUUUUUCAAAUUGUUACAUUGGAUGCAUACGGAAGGAAUUAGACCUGAUUCCAUUACCAUCUUAACCAUACUUCACUUUUGUGCUAAUGUCUUAAAGGUAGAUAAAGUUAAAGAGACUCAUUGCUAUUCACUUAGGUGUGGCCUUUUACAGUCUGAUUUUGAGCCUACUACUAGGAACGCUAUGCUUGACACUUAUGCUAAAUGCAGCAAUGUUGAGUAUGCAUUUAAGGUUUUCCAGACUUUGUCAGAUAAUAGGAAUUUGGUUACAUUCAAUUCAAUGAUCUCAGGUUAUGUAAAUUGUGGAUUAUAUGAUGAUGCAUACAUGAUUUUUGAGAAGAUGCCUGCCUCUGAUCUCACUACUUGGAAUCUAAUGGUCCGAGGGUGUGCUGAAAAUGAUUGUCCUGAUCAGGCCUUCAGUCUUUUUCGUGAACUGCAAGCCAGAGGAAUGAAGCCUGACGCAGUUACAAUUAUUAGUCUUCUUCCAUCUUGUGCUCAAACGGCUUCAGUACACUUGAUGAAGCAGUGUCAUGGAUAUGUGAUUAGAGCUUGUUUCGAUGAUGCCCACUUGGAGGGGGCUCUUCUAGAUUUAUAUGCAAAAUGUGGUGAUUUAGGUUAUGCUUUUAAGCUCUUCCAUUCAAACCCAGGGAGGGAUCUAGUCGUAUUCACUGCUAUGGUUGGUGGGUAUGCCAUGCAUGGUAUGGGAGAGGAAGCACUCAGGAUUUUCUCUGAUAUGCUCGACUUGGGAAUAAAGCCAGACCACAUAGUCAUCACUGCUGUUUUAUCGGCUUGCUGUCAUGCUGGCCUUGUGGAUGAAGGGUUAAAAAUAUUCCAUUCAAUAGAGAAGGUCCACGGAAUGAGGCCAACCAUGGAACAGUACUCAUGUGCGGUGGACCUCCUUGCUAGGGGAGGUCAAAUUGAUGAUGCAUAUUCUUUAUUGACCAAAAUGCCUGUUGAAGCUAAUGCAAAUGUAUGGGGGGCAUUAUUAGGUGCUUGUAGAAUCCAUCAUGAGGUGGAAUUAGGACAUGCAGUAGCACAGCAUCUAUUUAAAAUUGAAGCAAACAAUAUUGGGAACUAUGUAGUUCUGUCAAACUUAUUUGCAGCAGAUGCUAGAUGGGAUGAGGUCAUGGAAAUAAGAAAACAAAUGAGGAUGAGAGACCUUAAGAAGCCAGCAGGAUGCAGUUGGAUUGAAGUUGAGAGGAGAAAGAAUGUCUUUGUAGCUGGAGACUCUUCUCACCCUCAGAGAUGCAAUAUUUACAGUUUAUUAAGCACCUUGGAUUUACAGAUCAAAGAGCCUUUUCAAUUAAAUCAACUUCCAGAAACACAGCUUUUGGAGUGUUACAAGUGAGGGCAAGUGGAGUUUCGUACACAUUUGGCAAGGUAGAAUACUGUUGCUUCGGUCUGCACAGAGUCCCUUCAACUUGGGUGAAUCCAAGCUAUUAUGAAUGGGGCAUUAUAUAUUUAGGCCCUCCGGGUAUAAAUGAAAUUCAAGCAGGCAGAGAUGCUUUGUCAAAGUCAAGGUUUCUAAAUUGUUUUGUUGGAUGUCAAAGGAAACAAAAAGGGGUGCUUACGGGACUUGGGAGAAAAGGAUUUCUUGAUGUGGUUGGAGAAGUCAAAGGUUUGAAGUUGACAGGUGGUUUAACUAUCACAAGCUUGGGCCUUGUAUACUGCCUUCUUUCAUGGAGUUUAGAUGCUGAUUUCCUCAUACCUGCAACCUUUGCAGCUGCUGCUCCCUGUGCUGCAUCAUUCUCUGAUGGGCCUGUCAACCGCUGCACAACCUCUCGGAAAGCAUUUGUAUCUGUUUGCACAAAAGUCGUUAAAGGCUUACAACUUGCUGUACCUUGGCUUGCCUGCUUGUCCAUGGAUGCUUAUCUUAUGUCCGCCGAUGAUCUGCAACAACUUCCAAUAUAUGAAAUGGUGAGUGGUCUGAUUUGUAGGACCAACAUUUGGUUAGGCAGAAUCUAAGGAGUGCCUAAAGAGUACAUAGUGUUACAUUUUCACAAGCAGUCCACAGUUUGUGAUGUAGUUGAAGCCAUGGAAUCUUACAUAUGCUCAGACAACUUUCGGGUUUCAUCCGGAUCAAAGGAAUGUGUUUAUAGAGUGACCUGAAUUGUACUUUGCUUAGAAACUGCCUAAGCCACAAUAAAGCUUAAUAAGUUGGCUCUUAGUUGUUUUUUAUGUUAAUUUGAGUCAACAAUGAAAUAUAAGCUAGGUUCUCCUAUGCAUUUCAAACUCCA